AUGCUGCUGGGUGCGAUCAUUUCCUCUUUUAUGCUGCUGGCGAGCGCACAACCCCACGAGCGAGGGCUCUCUGCCGAGCCUGUGGGCGACUGCUCCCAACUCCCCGCAUACAACGACGACACACAAAUUGCUGGUCCCUGGACGGUCAGCAUUGCCUCCUGCUAUAAUGGAACGGCAAGCGAUAGCAGAUGCACCAUUGAAGGCUUUGGAUCUAGCUCUGAUGUGACACGCCAACGGGGCGACCAGAGUGAUCUGAUUGAACAUGGAUUUAUUACUAUUGCCAGCGACAACGAUAAUGUCAAAACGCAACUCCGCUGCAACGGCGCCCUAAACCGGAUUGAAGCUUAUGUUCCCUCGGGCCACGGCGCCUUGGACUGGCAUGCCGUCGGCAUCAACCACCACCCGAGCACAGGUCGACUGGUCUGGGGGAGAGACGCUGAGCCAGUGCAGGCAUAUCGACACUAUCGACGGGGGCAACCCGUGGAAGGGUUCUUCCUCGGGUCGGAAAACCAGACCAACUGGGCAGUCCAUUCAUCCGGGAGGGAUGUGAGCAUCCUGGACUUCAAGCCAUACUGGGUGAUACGAUUGAUGAUUCCGGAGACCACCUUCCGGGACAACGAGUUCCACACCUUGAUUCAAAUCGAUGGAUGA